UCGUAACAGUUUCUUUUUAUUAUUAAUUUAUUGUAAACUAUUUAGAAUGUCUCUAGAUCCGCGAAAGUAUUUACUAAAAGAUUUAAUCAACAAACCGCCACCGAUAGAUGUGUGGUUACAAGGCACCAUCGAACAAACGGUAGGCGCAGACAUUUUAAUAAUAUCCGACUCAACAGGACGAGCAAAAAUUACGAAAUGCGAAUCUGCACACGGCAUUAUUGAUAAAAGUUCACUAAGAAAAGGAACAUACUGCUGUAUAAUUGGAACUGCUGUAUCGACAAAGAAGUUGCCUGAAGUUCAAGCUAGCAAGUUCAUAGACUUAACUGAGCAACUUCAUAUGAAACUGGCAUGGGAGACUGAAGUUAAAGAAGCAAACUUAUUUCUCGAAGGGAAACUGAUACCAAAUGUUUAACCUGUAUU